UGGAUGAACCCGUACAUAGUCUCCCUUGACCCUUAGGCUUAAAAUUUGUGGCAAACUAAUUGGCGAAUUCCAGAUUUUCUAUAGAGCUUUAGCUUAGCAGUUCGCCUGUUGCAAAUCUUUGUUACAAAGUUUGGAUAUUUAUCAUCAUAAUUCAUAAAUUCAUAGUUCAUAUUCAUGCAAAUGAUAACGAUGCCAUAAAUAGAGUGAGUCCACUAUCUUCCUCUAUCUCUCAUUCCUGUAUUUCUGCUUCACUUGUUCUUCCAUUCUAACCCAAAUUUGUAAGCUGCAAUUUGUUGUGUCUCAAAACUAACAUUUUUUUCUUCUUUCUUCCUCAAACUAAAAGCUAACUUUCGUACAUAUACAAAUAUACAUCAUGAUUCAUGGGUGAUGGGAAAUUUCCACUUUCUUAGUUGGACCACUUUUAUACCUUUCAUUUUCUUCCACCGUUCUUCUUAGCUUUUUCCUCUCAUGUUUGUUUCAUAUGUGCUUAGAUUCUGCUUCUUUUUCUUGAUGUGUUAAAUACUAAAUUAGUAAAGGUAGUACUUACUAGUAUCUUUCAUGAUAUUUUUUUUAUUCUAUUUUUGGGUAUAUUUUAGUUUUCUUGUGCUUAUUUUAUAAGCUUCAGAUUAAUAAUUUAAUGUGCAUUAUUCUUGUUAAUGUUCCUUUCUUCAUUUGGGUCGAUUGAAGGCUAAAAAAGCUAAUUAGUAGAUGUUUUUGUUAAGAGUAUAUUACUCCUUUAAUAGAAGUAACUGUUAUUGACCAAAUUGUUUUUGUGCUAAAUUUGUUUUUGAUUAUUGCAAGUUUAGAGCUUUUUUUUUUAUGAGGUUUAGUGAUUGAAAAUUAUGCAGGAAUUUUGAUUAAGGGUCUCAAAUUUUGUUCUAACUCACCAUGAUUUUGAGGGUAUUGUGGGUGUUGCUGAUAUUGGUAUGUGAAUUGGAGAAUGGGUUUUUAUUAUUUGCAAGUGGGGUUGGUAGAAAUCAUUCAACAAGACCAACAACAAUCAACGUUGGGGCAAUUUUCUCCUUCAAUUCCACUAUUGGUAAAGUUGCAAAAGUUGCAAUUGAAGCAGCAAUGGAUGAUGUGAAUUCAUCCUCUGAAGUUCUUAAUGGAACCAAGCUCAACAUCACAAUGCAGGAUGACCAUAACAAUGGAUUCCUUGGAUUUGUUCAGACGAUGACGUUCAUGGAGAGUGGUGUAGUAGCAAUUAUAGGUCCAGAAUCAUCUGAGACAGCUAAUGUGGUUUCUGGCCUUGCACAGGGACUCCAAAUCCCUUUGGUGUCCUUUUCAGCCACAGACCCAACUCUGUGUUCUAUGGAGUAUCCUUUUGUUGUCCAAACAACCCAAAAUGAUCGUUUCCAAAUGGAUGCUAUAGCAGACAUCAUCAAUUACUUUGGAUGGCGGGAAAUAACAGCAAUCUACACGGAUGACAGUUAUGGAAGGAAUGGGAUCGCGUCUUUAGGUGACAAGUUAGCUGAGAAUCAGUGUAGGAUAACCUAUAAAGCGCCUAUGAGCCCUGAGCCAAAUGAAGAUGACAUAAGGGGUGUGUUGUUUCGGGUGAUCUCAGAAGAAUCUAGGGUUCUUGUUCUUCAUACUAAUGACUACUAUGGCUUAAAGGUACUUAAGGUGGCUCGCUCUCUUCAGAUGUUGGAAAGAGGUUUUGUUUGGAUUGCUACAAAUUGGCUCAUUGAUAUCAUAGAUACGGAUCCUCCUCUUUCAUCCGAUGCAAUGAGUGAUGUUCAAGGGUUACUUACCCUGCGUGCACACACACCCAAUUCACAGCUCAAGAAAAACUUCAUGGCUCGAUGGAGCGAUUUGGUCAAAAGAAAGCACUCGAAUGUGCCGUUUGGACUGAACACUUAUGGUCUUUACGCAUAUGAUACUGUUUGGGUUAUUGCCUCUGCUCUCGAUGCAUUUUUAUCACAAGGGGGUAACCUAUCAUUUACAAAAUUUUCAACAUUAAAUCAUCUAAAGGUCAACUACACCAAUCUGCACCUUGAUUCCAUCAGAAUUUCCAAUGGAGGAGAAAAACUACUCUCUGAUAUAUAUCAAGUCAAUAGGACGGGGCUGACAGGUCAUAUUCAGUUUGAUCAGGACAGACACUUGAUCAAUCCUGCUUUCGAAAUCUUGAAUGUGGUUGGAACAGGUCUUAACACGGUAGGAUAUUGGUCAAACUUUUCAGGUUUAUCAGCUAAGCCACCAGGAGUUGUGCAUGAUUCUAAACCACCUGGUGCACGUCAGCAUCUAUCUAGUGUGAUUUGGCCUGGGCAAUCGACAGAGAGGCCUCGUGGAUGGGUUUACUCGAACAAUGGGAAGGUUCUUAGGAUUGGAGUUCCACGCCGUGUUACCUACCUUGAAUUCGUAUCUUACUCAGCUCAGACCAACUCAUUCACAGGAUACAGCAUUGAUGUGUUCACUGCUGCUUUAAAUUUGUUACCAUAUGGUGUUUCUUAUAAAUUGAUACCAUUUGGGGAUGGCAAAAGUAAUCCAAACAUCGAUGAUCUUAUUAAUAACAUGUCUAGUGGAGUGUUUGAUGCUGUAGUUGGUGAUAUUGUAAUUACCACCAAAAGAGCAAGACUAGUAGAUUUUACGCAGCCUUUUGUUGAAUCAGGUCUUGUUGUUGUGGCCCCUGCUAAGACCAAAGACUCCGAUGCCUGGGCUUUCUUGUGGCCACUAACUCCAAAGAUGUGGUGCGUUACUGGUUUAUCUGUUAUUGUUUUAGGUGUUGUCAUAUGGAUUCUGGAGCACCGGUUUAACGAUGAAUUUCGUGGCUCGCCCCGCAAUCAAAUUAGAACAGUCCUAUGGUUCGGUUGUUCAACUUGGUUCGGCUCUCAUAGGGAAACUACUCUAAGCGUGCUUGGUCGAGUAGUGUUAUUCAUAUGGUUGUUUGUAGUUCUAAUUGUCAAAUCAAGUUAUACUGCAAGUCUGAGCUCUAUACAAACCGUGCAACAACUUUAUUCCCCUGUCACAGGGAUUGAAAGCUUAAUGGAGAGCAAAUAUCCCAUAGGAUAUCAAAAAGGUUCAUUUUCCGGAAAUUAUUUACAUGAAGAGCUUCACUUUCCCAAGUCUCAGCUUGUUCCUCUUGAAAAUGAAGAGGCAUAUGCAGAAGCUCUCAGAAAGGGCCCAAAAAAAGGUGGUGUUGUCGCCUUAGUUGACGAUAUGACACGCAUAGAGGCCUUCCUCUCAAGAAGAUGUGAAUUCAUUAUCAGAGGUCAAAGAUUCACCAAAAAUGGAAGAGGAUUUGCAUUUUCGCGAGGCUCGCCCUUGGCGGUAGACAUGUCCACAGCCAUACUGAAAAUGUCAGAGAAUGGUGACUUGCAGAGGAUCCAUGAUAAGUGGCUGCGGAAAAGUGCUUGCAGGUCACAGGAUACAAAGCUUACAGUAGACAGGCUAGAGUUGAAAAGUUUUUGGGGUCUGUUCCUUCUAAGUGGCUUGGCAUGUUUUUUCGCUCUCAUUGUAUACUUUGGAAUUAUGGUGAGGGAUUUGGUGCGUCGUUCUCGUCGGCCUCCUGAAGAAGAAGAAUCAGGAGGCCAAACCCCACCACGGUCUACAUGUCUCAAGACAUUCUUCGCAUAUGUCAAUGAAAAGGACGAUAAAUCUCCAAGAUGUUCUUAAGAACUGGACUCGGUACUAUUUGCAACAAGUAACUGAAACUUUAGCCCCUCAGAUUAUGAUCUAAUUGUGAUCAUGUAUAAAUUAUACAUAUACAGUAGUAGUUAUGAGAUGAUGAAACAUUAAGAAAAAGUUUAUGUUGCACUAAUAUAGUAGUUUUUAGUGUACAGUAUUACUAAAAGAUGAAAAUUGUUCCAUGUAAAAGAAAAAUGAUACAAGUGAUAGAGAAAACAGUUCUCUUAGGUGUAGAAUUAUGAUUGUGUACCUAUAAGUUUCCUAUCAUCUAAGAAAGUUUAUUCUCUAUCAAUAAGAAAUGCACCAUUAUGCGCA